AUGGAGGAUGUUAAGAAGGUGUAUUCAUUGUUCCUCGAUGAGCAUCGCUCGGAACAAUUCUUGAAGGAAUAUCAGGAUGAGUUUAUGUUUAAUGAUGGCUCUGGUGGUAGCAGAUACCAGAUGCAAACAACUCUCAAUCAGUUUGCAAAUGAGGAUCAAGCUGCGAUCCGUGAAAUAGCUCUCCAGGGUAUCUCCACAAAGACCGGUGAUUUUACUCGUUGGACUUCGUUAAUUGCCAUGAAAUAUUUACAUCUUAAUUCUCUUUGA